GUGAUAUUGCUGUGGCUAUGGCGAUGGAUGUCGAUGAAGUGAAGUGCGAGUCUUGUAGCCGAGGCCGCGAGGCAAGGCAAGUGGAGGGCUUCGAUGCCUUUCUUGGCUCUUUCUUGACAACGACUCAGCAACAUCUGUUCACUUCAUGGGCGAACGAUAGGUUCAUCUGCCCAGAAAUCAAAGGUACAGAUCACGAAAUCUUCAAAGAUGUCUCGAAGCUCAGGCCAUGUGGUGGAGUUCCACUACGAUAUAUCCUGCCCGUUUGCUUAUAUAGCUUCGACAAAGGUCGAAGCUCUUGCUGCCCGCACAGGAGCCAAAAUCAUCUGGAGACCAGUCCUUCUCGGAGCCAUAUAUCGCGCGACAAACGCACCACAAGGCGCUGCUGGAUCAGCGUCUGAUGUAUUCAACGCAACCAAGAAAGCAGUCAGCGGCAGAGCAUUCCAGCGAACCAUAAUCCGGCAUGGAAUACCCCACAAGCAGCCAGAUCGGCAUCCACAAAAGACCACAGCAGCAUUGCGGCUACUCUAUUUCGUGAAUGAGCAAUACAGGCCGAAGCUCACUCAUGAGCUGUUCAAAUUGUACUGGGUAGACAAUGCCCCUGUGGCGGACAAAGCCUCGCUAAAGAGAGCCGUUGAACGCUGUCAAUUCUCCGGAACGGAAACUACUCGGAUACUUGCUGCAAUCGAAGACGGAAGUAUAGAAGGCGCAGAACAACGACAGCAACUGGAGGCUUCAACGGAUCUUGCUGUCAAACGCGGGACUCCUGGAGUACCUGGGUUCUGGGUGCCAGAGGAGGUCUGGACUGAUAGCAAUGGCAAGCAACAUAAAGGUCGGCUAUACUGGGGCCAAGACCGGAUGCAAUUUGUGGAAGCUGUUCUCCUUGCACUGAAUGAAGGCAAAGAUGGCAACUCGCUCAGUAAGAUCGCAAAGCCUUUGCGAAGUCUCACUCCAAGAUGUGUGCGAGGAAUGAUACCCAAAGACCAAGAAGUCAAGCUCGAAUUCUGGUACGACUUCAGUAGUCCCUGGGCGUUCCUUGGCUGGACACAACUCGCGAGUCUCAAGCGACAAUUUGGUGAUCGCUUGCAAAUUGAAAUGAAGCCCUUCUUGCUUGGGAUUUUGUUCCGCGAAAUCGGAGCGCCAAAUCUGCCCAUGGCUGCAAUAUCCGAGCAGAAGCGGAACUAUUCAAAAUUGGAUCAUGGAGAUUCGGUUAGAUGGUGGAAUGCGAUCAAUGUGCAGGAAGGGAAACCGGACAAGAAUAUUGACUUCUACUGGGCGGAUCAAUUCCCAAUUCGCACUCCAACGGUGCUGAAAGCAGUUCUGGUCGAGCCAAAGUUGUGCGAUGUGUUAUACCGAGCCUGCUGGGAGCGCAACCUGAACAUGUCAGACGACAAAGUUCUCAGAGAAGUGAUGCAAGAAGCUGGCUACGACGCAGCGAAAAUAUUAGCAGAAGCCAACAGCGACAAAAUCAAGCAAGACCUUCGUGCUCGAACGAAAGAAGCCAAAGACGUUGGUAUUUGCGGCGUACCUACAUAUCGAGUCUUCCACAAAAAGCUCGGCUCGGCAGCCAGCACCUGGCAGCAAUCCGGAGACCUUGUCUGGGGUCAAGACGAGCUCGCCGUCGUCGAAGACCUCAUCGCCGGCUGGGACAGCGAGACUGGUGUAGCAACAGUGGAAGAAGGACGAAGUCGCGAUAGCAAGCUCUAA